AUGGCUCGUUGGAAUCAGGAUGAUAUCAAGAAUUUAUAUUCUAAGAUUGAUGGAUUUAUUGAUGAAAGAACAAUGGAUCUUCACUAUAAUGUUUUACACAAAAAAUAUGUUGAUGGACUAGCUAAACUUGAGAGUGAUUUAAAUAAGAGCAUUCCAUUACACGUAUAUCUAUCUAAGAUUUAUUCUACAGAAUUUUCUCUUGAGGUUGAAAAGAAAGAAUUACUUAUUAAGAAUGGAGGUGGUCAUUACAAUCAUACAAUUUUCUUCCAAACAUUGACUGAUAAAAAAAUUGAUUUUAAGGAGGGAAACUUAAAAAAUGACAUUAUUAAAAACUUUGGAAGUUUUGAUGAGUUUGUUGAUGUUUUCGUUAGAAAAGGAUCAUCAGUAUUUGGAAGUGGUUGGUGUUGGUUAGUUAGAGUCACAGGGAAUGUUAAAUUUAGUUGUUUUGAAGACUCUUACUACAAAAAUUUAACUUUAAACAUCGACAGACCAACUAAACUUAUUGAGUGUUCACCAGGUGAUCUUAUUAUUGUAUGCACCGAUAAACAAGAAUCACCUAUUAUGUAUUCUGAUGAUUUGAAGAUUUGUAUGGGUUGUGAUUUAUUUGAGCACAGUUACUUAAAUGUAUUUAAUGCUAAUAAGGUUGAAUAUAUUUAUAAGUGGUUUAAGCAUUUAGAUUGGUCUCUUCUUGAAAGAAUUUAUACAGAAUUAGUUUUAGUCAAUAAACCACUGGGUAUCACUGAGACUGGUAAAAUAAGUUUACCUUAA